CGCUGAUAUUCAACAUGUCCGGCAUUUAGCAGGUGGUGUUAGAUUCCCUUUUCUUGAGAUAAACUUGCCGACUCAGAUCUUUGUAAAACGUGUGAGAAUAUCACGGGAUUUUCUCUCGGGUACCCACGGCUUCCGAAGUGCGUUUACGCAUCACCCACGCAGCCAAUUAGAGAACAAGAGAUUGAAUUGCAAGGUGCCAUGGAGAGAGUAGACAGUUUCUACGCGGUGGCUUUGCUCGUUGCUGCAAUGUGCGCUUUGUGGAUCAUCAAACGGCUCUACAAGGAAGAAUUUUUGACUGAUCUUCAGCAGAAGUACGUCUUGGUCACUGGUUGCGAUUCAGGAUUCGGAAGGGAAACUGCAUUACGACUCGAUAGCCUGGGAUUCAAUGUAUUUGCGACGUGUCUAACGAGCGAGGGGCAAGAAAAUUUAACCGCAGCGUGCAGUAAAAGGCUCACGGCCUUGCACUUGGACGUUACAGACUCGAAAGAAAUCAAGGAGACAUACAAGUUUGUGGCGCAGUAUUUACCUGAAAAUAGAGGCUUGUGGGGUCUGGUCAAUAACGCUGGCAUCGCUAAAGUUGGACCGAUCGAGUGGCAGACUAUUGAGGAGUUCAAACAAAUCGCAGAUGUGAAUCUUUGGGGAUUGAUUGACGUUACCAAGGUGUUCUUACCACUGAUCAAAAAGGAGCGAGGACGCAUCAUAAAUCUCGCUAGUAUUGGAGGUAGAACGUGCUUACCUCACGCAUCAGCAUACUCCAUUUCCAAGUUUGGCGUAGAAGCAUUUUCGGACGCUCUCCGUCGUGAACUGGGUCCGACUGGCGUCAAGGUUAGCAUUGUGGAACCAGGCUUUUUUCAGACCAAAAUCACCAAUCCCGACAACCUCAAGGGUCAGUGGCAGGAGCUCUGGGCCAACCUGAACCACAGUCUAAAAGAGGAGUAUGGGGAAAAGUUCUACGAAACUAGCGUUAAGAACAUGUUAACAGGAAUGGUAGACACAUGCGCCUCACCCUACCUGUACAAAGUUGUUGACGCCAUUGUGCACUCAUUGACGUCACGAUAUCCGAAGACCAGGUAUAUGGUCGGUUGGGAUGCUAAGCUCCUCUGGAUUUGGAUCUCUAGGCUUCCAGCAGGUGUUGGAGACGCCAUAUUAAAUCUUUUGGGUGACAAAGCUGAACCUAUCGUUUGCACAGGCGCAUUAACGCGGUCGUGCGAAAACUUAGUGAAAUUAAACGGGAACAAUAAUUCAGAAAAAGCUUUUGCCCUCGGAAAGUGAGAUAAUCUGGGAAUUGUUUUCUUCAAGUUUGAUCAUCUGAUUAUAGCUAUUCUGCAUUAGAUAAAUUUUUACCUUUUUUAACCUCGCCCCAUCUAUUUAGAGCGUGAUACAUCCACGACGAAUGGCAACACACCAUCGGUUUUUACAUAUUUUACCUGUUUAGCUAAUAGAAAAAAGAGGGAAGAAAUGGCUAUUGUAUUUUUAACUUAUUACUUUGGGGAAGUCAAAAAUUUUAAAAGAGUAAAAACAUUAUUGAAUGAAUAAUCACAUUGUCCUAUUUAUAUCUCGAUUUUAACAACGUGUGUUGUUUGCGACUUUGUAACAGCCGAAUUUUGACUACAAAAAGACAUACGUUCCCGAAAGUGAUCACGUUGGUUGACGCAUUUGUAAUCACGUCUCGUACCAUAGCGUGUUUUUUUUUUUUUCUACCAGUAAAAAUCACCAGACACUGUAAGUUUAUCCACUAACCCAGACGGCAGCCAAUGACUGGGUUUAUAUUAGAGGAAUUUCUGUGAAAAAGAAAAUUAUGACAAGUUUUUCUCUGACAAGCACCCUGGUCCCAAAACUGACAUGCUAGUUGUCGAAUAUAAGGGGGGAGGGGCAACUUGUUAAGGGUGAAACUUGUUCAGUUGUAAAACCUGACAAUGACAGUUGUCAAGGAGAUCAUGAUUUCUAAAAGAAAUGCUAUUCCAACAAGUUUUGUUUGAUAAGUGUCGUUGAAAAGGUUUCAGUUAGAUUUAAGAAGGAACAUUUGUGUUUAGCAAGAGAAAAUUCAAAGUUUAUAUGCGGUUCAACUCAUCCUCUAUAGAUCUCUAUCUCAUUUCUAGAUAUCUAUCUCAAUUCUCUUCAUCACUUUCAAUAUCUCCAGGUUUAGUGUUUUAUUGUACUUAUUACAACAUCAUGUUAUUGAAAAGGGAAAUCGCAUAGUUAAUAACAGUUUGUAUCUUAAUGUCUAUCGUUUUUGCAUUGUAUUACUACCUUUGGUUGAAGUACAUAUAAUCUUUUAUUGCAAGAGUGUAAACUUCCUUGGAAGAAUUGUUUGUAAUCCAGAAUUGGAUAUAUUUUUAACAUUUGUAUUUCUAUACCUUUUACGCAUUGUAUUUUUAUAUGAAGAGCACAGUUUAGAAGUAAAAUUAUUAAAAUUA